CAAAUAUUUAAAACAGGAGGGAGUACUGUUUAUUAAUCUCCCAAAUCCAAUAGUACAUUUCCCUUAAAAUGGACAACGCCGACCCGUCAUCCGUUGAACUGAGGUCCGGUUUUUGCCCCAAAACCAACACCUUCUACAGCCUCCGCCCACCCGUUCACCUUCCGUCGGAAAAAGCUCCACUCUCCGCCGCCGAUCAUGCCUUUUUCCUUCACUCCGCUACCUCCGCGUGCCUCGACGCCGCUGCACUCAUCGACGCCGCCACCGGCAACCGCACUUCCUACUCCCAAUUCCGCCUCCGCGUCGAGGCACUGUCCGUCUCCCUACGAUCGGAAGUUGGCCUCUCCCCGAACGACGUCGCAUUCGUCAUCUCACCUAAUUCCACACGCGUCCCUAUCCUCUACUUCGCGCUACUCUCCAUCGGCGUCGUCAUCUCACCGUCCAAUCCAAUCAGCACGACCGCCGAAAUCGCGCGCCAGCUGCAGAUCUCGAAGCCGACGAUCGCGUUCGCCACGUCAUCUACCUCCGGGAAGCUCGCCGCCCACCGAUUGCGAACGAUUCUCAUCGACUCGGCGGAUUUCGCGCGAAUGAUGUCGAGUGGGAGUCCCGCCGGCGAAACCAGCGGCGUGCGGGUGAGCCAGAACGACGUCGCGGCCAUACUCUUCUCGUCCGGCACGACCGGGCAGGCGAAAGGGGUGGAGUUAACGCACCGCAAUUUCAUCGCGGUCACGGCCAAUUACUUCUACCAAAGGCAGGAGAAAUCGUCUCCGUCGGUGGUGCUUUACACGGUGCCGUUGUUCCAUGUGUUUGGGUUUAAUUACUUGUUGAAAUCGAUGGCCCUGGGCGAAACGGUGGUGGUGGUGAUGGGGAGGUUUGAUUUGGGGAAAAUGCUGAGGGCGGUGGAGGAGCACAAGGUGACGUUGCUGGUGGUGGCCCCGCCGGUCGUGGUGGGGAUGGUGAAGAGUGAUUUGACUCGGAAAUUUGACCUGCAAUCGCUGGAGGCUGUGGGCUCCGGCGCCGCCCCACUUGGCUUAGAUCUGAUUGAAGCUUUUAAUAAGAAAUUUCCGAAGGUUUCUCUGUUCCAGGGUUAUGGGAUGACAGAAACGAACGGUGCAGUAUCCAGACCAGUUGGUGAUGAUGAAUAUGCUCGAUUGGGUUCAGUUGGAAAGUUGAUCGGGACUAUUGAAGCCAAAAUCGUUGAUCUGGAUACAGGUGUUGGCCUGCCUCCAGGCAAGCUGGGGGAAUUAUGGAUAAGAGGACCAACCGUAAUGAAAGGAUAUGUGGACAAUCACAAGGCGAAUUCUGAAACCUUGGUGGGAGAUGGGUGGUUGAGAACUGGUGACAUUUGCCAUAUCAAUGAUGAGGGCUUCCUUUUUGUGAUUGAUAGAGUGAAGGAGUUAAUCAAAUACAAAGGAUAUCAGGUUUCUCCUGCUGAGCUGGAACAUCUGCUCCUCUCUCAUCCUGAUAUUAUGGAUGCUGCUGUUAUACCAUACCCUGAUGAAGAUGCUGGUCAAGUGCCCUUAGCCUUUGUAGUUCGUCGCCCCAAAAGCAACCUUGAUGAGCAACAAAUUAUUGACUUUAUUGGAAAACAGGUUUCCCCAUACAAGAAACUAAGACGUGUGGCAUUUAUCAGCUCUAUACCGAAAAGUGCAUCCGGGAAGAUAUUGAGAAAAGAAUUACGGGAAAAUUCAUUGACUCGGUCUAAGAUUUAACAAAGAGAUGUUACUUUAUCCAGCUCCCUUAGGGCAUGUUUGUUUGCCAAGAUAGAAUUAGAUUAAUUUAAUUUGGAGAGGUAAGAUUGUACUGUUUAGACUAAAAUGGUUUUAUGAGAAUAAAUUUGGUCUUGCAUUUGUUGGGUAUGACUAGACAUGUGAUACAAUCAUAAAUGUACAUUUUUACCCUUACAUUCAUUUAGCAAUUUAGCAAAACAAUGAAAUAAAAAAUAAUCAGCAAAUCGUGAAAGAAUGUGUACAUCUUCAUAAGCCUAAGCCUCAAUCUGUAAUCAGAUUCACCGUUGGUUAUAAAAAAAUUCCCCAAAUAAAAAAACAAAAUUUGCCCCUAAUUUCAAUUCCCAAAUCAAGAAACCCCAAAUCUUCAUAAAUUGAAAACCUUCUCGCAUUCCUCAAACCCAUUCACCAAUUUUGCAUCACGUCUCCGCCAUCACCUCCAAGAACAACACCGCCCGGUACACGGUGAUGGCGCUCACGAUGUCGGCCAAGACGCUC